AUGUACUUGCUUGGAAAGAACACUGGUAAGGUCAACAAUAAGAGGAAGUAUAAUUAUCAUAAAACUGAUCCAAAUCCUUUGACUAAGAAUAGUAAACCCACUGAUGGAAUGAAAUAGAUGCUAUUAAAGCCCUUACAGCCAAAACCUACAAAUUAAGAGUUGGUAAGGAAUGCUAAUCAACUUAUUCAAAUAUCGGACAUCAAAGUUCAUGAUAUUUAUGCUCUACUCAGAAUAUGGAUAGGUUAAUUACUUGAGAAUUCUCUUGAAAGAUCGGCUAAUAACAUUGAAAUAAGACUAUAUGAUGGUGGCAAAAAUGGAUUUGAUGUAAUUGAUGAUGGAGUUGGCAUUGAAGAGGAAGAUUUCACUGAUGAUUAUGUUAAAUGCAUGCCUUAUAGGCAAAGAAACGAAAUAUAUAAAACAAGAAGUAUUGGGUAUAAAGUUUAGGUUAGAAAAGUACUUGAAAAUGGAAUGUUUUACAGGAAAAAAUAUGUAAAGUACUUCAAAUUUUAGCAUGAUCAAAUGAUGCAACUAAUAAACUAGUAUUCAAUGAUUCUCAUUGAAUAAGAACUUAAAUUGUCAAACAGCACUGAGACUUACAAUCAUCUAUAAGAAAAACCCCUAGAGAAACAAACGAUAAAUACAGUUUUUCAAACUGAGUCAUUUGAGAGGCUAGAAGCUAACUUAUUCAAGAUUUUGGAGAGGUAAUUCAGGAAGAAGUGGCCUAAUCUUGUUCCUGAUUUGAUUUAGUUUGAGGAUCAAAUGAUUAACAAUACUAUCAAGAUACAUACUAUAUUAACAAAACCUAAAUAAGGAAAAUAGACGAUUUUAGUGUAUAAGUAUCUACAUGUUUUCCUUAAUGGUAGACCAUCGGAAUGCACCAAAAGAUUCAAGGCCAUAUUUUACUAACUUUAUCUUGAUUUUAUGAUAGACCCUAAAACUAUACCAUUCGUUCUUAUUCAUAUAGAGAUUUAAUUAGAUCUGUCCUAUUUAUUCUAAAAAAUAACUGGAGGAAAAAUCCUCACCUUAGAAGGGAACUUUUGCAAAUCCAUUUAUAAAAGAAGAUCCAUUUACUGCAAAGACAUCAGCAAAAUAAUUAUUUCCAAUCUAAAAAAGGGUCAAAGUUAGCAAGGCUCAAUUUAAGCAAGAACUCAAAAAGCUAAAAAGAAGUAAUCAGAUGAUGAAGACUAAGUAAGACUUAAAAAUCUUUAUAACAGCGAUGAUGAUUACGAGUAUUAUGAUGAUGAAAUGAAAAAUGAAAGAGGCAGUAGUUAAAGCUACGUUUAAAAUUUCAAGUUUGAAGAUUAUAAUCCUGAUUUCAGGGAAAAGGAAAAACCUUAUAAAAGGGUCAAGAUCGAGAUAAAGGUGGAUUAGGAUAAGGAUGAAGAUGAAGUUUUUGAAAUUGAAGAUACAAUAGAAAUUGAAAUUGAUAGUGAAGAUGAAAUUGAAGUAAUAGAUCCAAAUUAGUAAUUGAAAUAAGAAGAAUCAAAUAUGAAAAAAGAGAGUGCAAGUCAAAGUCAAAUCAAAGAUUUCUCUGAGUAAGAUACCCAGAGCGAUGAAGAUAGUAUUAAUCUUAAAGUAGAAAAUUAUGAUUCAAGCUAAGAUGACAUGCUUAUAAAUAAUGAUGGAAAAGAAAGCACUCUUUCUUAAUCCGAACAAACUUAUAGGCCUGAUUAUGCAAUGUCAAUGACAAGAAUGUCAAUAUAAUAAAUGUUUGAACAAGAAGAGCUUUUUAUAGAAAAAUAUGAAUAGUUCACAAAUGACAAAACUUUGCACUUUAGUUUAGAGUAAAUGAUUGAUAAUGCCUAUUUCGAGUAUGAUUAAUACGAGAAGAAAUUCUUGAUUGAUAAAAAGAGCUUUAGAAUGAGGUUAAAAGGCAAGUUUUAAACAACUAAUUAUGAGUGUGGAUUCAAGUACCACGAUAAGCUUAUGUAUAUGUUAACAAAUGAAGCUAUGAGGAAGACCUUUUGGAAAAAAGAGUUUACUAAAUUUAGAACCAUUGGCCAAUUUAAUCUGGGAUUCUUGGUAUGCACUCUGAAUGGAAAUGAUUUAUUUAUCCUUGAUUAGCAUGCCUGUGAUGAAAGACUUCAUUUAGAGAAAUUUACAAGUGCACUUAAAAUUGAUUCCCAACCUUUAAUGAAGCCAAUUAUUGCUGAUAUUGAUGCUGAGCUGUUUAGCUUAGUUGAAAAGUAUGAAAAAAUAUUUACAGCAUUCGGCUUUAAGUAUGAGAAAUUAAGUUGGACUAGCAAGACAGUUUAGAUUAGAGUCAUUUCUUUGCCUUAUAGUAAUGACACCUAAUUUGAGGAGAGUGAUUUUCAUAAUUUGGUGACAUCAAUUAGAAAUUUUGAUUCAGAUGAAAGAGCUAAAACUAGAUACCAAAGUGAAUAGCAAAUAUUUGAUUAUCUUAUGCCAAAAAAAGUAAUGCAGGUAUUAGCGUUGAGAGCAUGCCGAUCAUCUAUAAUGGUCGGAAAUAAACUCGAGAGAAGAAAGUAAAGGGAAUUAGUGUAAAGUCUUUACCAUCUUAAAGAUCCUUGGAUAUGUGCUCAUGGAAGACCCACUAUGAGAUACAUUAUGGAUAUAAAAGAUUUCAGAGACAAGUUAAUAUUCAAGUCACAAACAAGAGAUAGAUAUUAUCCUUAAUUAUUAGAAAUUAAUUGA